GGAGGGAGAGAGCAGGAUUUGUUAGUGACUCGUCACUGGGAUCUCGGGACAAAUAAACGCUGCUUGUCUUUUUUUCUCCCUCUUUACGCUUCCAGCCUUGUUUUCCGUCAGCUGUGCUGUGUGUGGUGUGACAGCGCGCUGCGGAUGUGCUGUGUGCUGGAGCUGGAGCUGCUGGAGAGGUUUCUAUUGGACCAGUAGAAUUUGUGUGCACUUGUAAGUGAACGAACGGAAGACCUGACCGGACGCUCAGAGAAAGAGGAGUGUGAGCUUUCUUGUUACGCCAGCCAUCGGGUCAGCAUUUCUACUGCUGUCAACCUGGACGACUUUGACUUUUUUCUUUGUUUUAUUUGAGGAAAUGAAGCGUGUUAAUGUCCUUUGAAGGCAGCGCUGAAACAGUGCACUUUACGCGACAGUGGUACGAACACACGGAAACGGAGAGAUAAAAACAAAAACCAAACCAAAACAAAACAAAACAUCGUGAUGUUGCUUAUUUAAUUUGUUUUUGGAAUUGUAUAAAUAUUUAUUAUUUUCUUCCUACAUCAAGCUCUUACUUUUUGCAAGUUACCAACUUGCACGAGGCUUUUUUUUUUUUUUUGAAAUCCUAGGCGAAGUACUGCGUGUUAGUGUGAGUGUAAACGCGGUACAAUGAGCUGCAGCUGAGACUGGGCUCCUGUACACUUUUCUCCUCAACUUCAGAGGCUCUGAUCCGCGGAACAUGAAGCCAGCCACCUGUCUGCUCUCAGCACUCCUGGCGCUGUGUUUCCCUCUCCACUCCCGGACUGCAGCUCUGUCCAGCCGUGAAGUGGCAAGCUCCAUGGUGACCCAGUGGGAAUUCGACGACGUGGCUAACAUCAGCACUUUCCUAUUGGACCGGGAGUCUGGGAUACUCUACCUGGGGGCACGAGAUGCGAUUGUUGCCGUGGAUACUGCCAACAAAUUAAAGUCUCCCAAGAUUGUAUGGAAUGUUCCAGAAGAGAAGAGCAGAUCUUGUGUGACAAAAGGAAAGACAGAGGCCGACUGCAAUAACUACAUCCGUCUGCUGGAGUUCCUGGGAGAUGGACGCAUUUACGCCUGUGGCACAUAUGCUUUCGACCCCCAGUGUGCCUUUGUGAAUAUCUCAAACUUCACUCUGGAAAAAUCAGAGGAUGGCAGGGAGAAGAUGGAGACUGGAAAAGGGAAGUGCCCCUUUGAACCCAGCCAGCACUAUACUGCAGUCAUGGCAGGGGGAAUCCUGUACACUGCUACUACAAGUAACUUCCUGGGCACUCUCUUUGACAUCUCUAGAGCAACGGGCAUUGAGCAAGAGCGCAUCCGGACUGAACGGUCCAUCAACUGGCUCAGCGAUCCAGAGUUUGUCGGCUCAGCCUUUAUCCAAGAGGAUCAAAAUAACAACCCAAUGGGUGAAGAUGACAAGAUCUACUUCUUCUUUACUGAGGUGGCCAAAGAAUAUGACCUCUACACCAAGGUCAAAGUGCCCAGGGUGGCUCGAGUGUGUAAGUCUGAUAUCGGGGGCAUGAAGACCUUACAGAGACGCUGGACAACAUUCCUUAAGGCUCAGUUGGUGUGUGAGGAUCGAGGGAGUGGUCAGCGCUUUAAUGUUCUGACUGAUGUCUUUACCAAACAGCACCAGCCAGGAGACCCCAGCAGCACACACUUCUACGGUAUCUUCACCUCGCAGUGGGAGAGGGAGGAAAUGUCUGCAGUGUGUGUGUACAGUCUGGAGGACAUCACUAAAGUGAUGGAUGGACCCUUUAAAGAGCUGAAGAAGAGUUGUGAGAACUGGAUGAAUCCAGAGCCAGUGCCUACUCCCAGACCAGGCCAGUGUCUGAACAGCGCUCUGAAAGCAGAGGGCUUUGAUUCGUCACUGAAGCUGCCUGAUAAAGUGCUGACCUUCAUGCGAGACCACCCUCUCAUGGAGAACAGUGUAGUGUCAGCACCCCUACUGGUCAGGAGUGGAGUUACAUACACCAAACUGGCUGUAACCCUGACCCCUGUGUCCAAUGGCAACAGCAAGCUUAAUGCUACUGUUCUGCAUCUUGGGACAGAUCAUGGAGAGCUUCACAGAAUUGCAGUAGUGGGACCUAAUGCAACUCUUCUGCAAGAACUCCCUCUUUUUCCAGCCUCAGAGCCAAUCAACAAUAUUCUUCUGUACAAGGGUGAGGCUCUGGUCAGUUCUCCUAACUCUCUGGUGAAGCUGCCUGCAGAAGGCUGCACUCUCUACCCUACUUGUGAAGUGUGUGCACGUGCACGUCCACUUGGCUGUGUGUGGAGAGAGAAGGAGGCUGCCUGUAGCCUGGCUGUCACAGAACCUGGUGAAGUGCUAAAUCCUGAACAUUUGGUCAGUCGGUGUGGAAGGAGUGAAGAUCGUUGCUCUCCUGAGAUGAAAGACCUGCAUGUGGCAGAGGGGCUGCAUGUGUUGCUACCCUGUGUUCAGGUCUCGCCUCGUCCCUGCCACUGGCAGCACCCACCCCAAAGACAUACUCGACGCCACCUCUCUGACUUGGAGGUACGGGUCACUUUGGAAAGCAACGGCACUUAUGUGUGUUUCUGUGAGGAAGCUGGGCGAGAGCAGCCAGCCUGUCCCAGGGCUGCAUACAGACUCCUACUUCAAGAACCGAGUGCGAGUUUGAGCAUCAUGCAAGCAUCUAGCCGUCAGUUCGUGGCAGGGUACAUGCUAUUUUUCAUCAUUGGUUUUCUAGUUUGUGGCUUGCUUGUGUGUCUGGUUCACCGGCGUCGCAAGAAAGGAGGCGGUGGUCAUUCUUCAUCGACCUCAGAAAAGGGGCGGGACCUGUUGCCCUCUUCAGACACACCCCAAUCACCCAGCAGUGCCAGUCUGUUUUCUGAGGCAGUUCCCUUUGCAGAGAAAAGGAACGGGACGCUGAAUGGGCAUGGAGGUCAUAUGCCUGAGCGGAAGUGUGGUUAUAUUUAUUCUAAUUCAAGUGGACUCAAGCUACAGGAUACAUCAGUCAACCUGGCGGAAGGAUUUCCUGGUCGAGAGAGGGCGGGGCCGGAAGGAGAGGAGGAAGGACUUGGGGACGGACUCAGUGAUAUAGGGGAUGGACUAGCAGGACUGGAGGAAGAACUUGCUAAGCUGCAUAUGCUGAGAGGAGCGCCAUUAGCACAGUGUGAAGAGAGCUCCAUCUGAGGACACUUACACAAAGAACUUAGAGCCACAGUAUAGAACUGUACACAUAAACACACGUACAUCCUUGACACAAGUUUGUGUGGUAGCUUGUAGCAAAUCUGGGAGAGCAAACAUUUAAGGAAGUGCGUGAAGGUAAAUGUGUGGGCCUACAAAGACAAACACGCAUACACACACCCAUUAAGAAGCUCUGUGUUCUCUGGGAGCUCUUCUCAAGAUUGUAUGGAGCAGAAUGGUGUGUUCAUGAGUGUGUGUGUUACUGGCCAGAGGGAUAGAAGCAGGCUUUUGUAACUGUGUGUGACUUUUCUCACCACUGUGUUCAGCCUUCUCCAACACAGUCACACACUCCAUGUACUCAUUGUGGCAUGUGUGCAUGUUUAACCUCUUUCUGAGCUGUUUUAGGCCAGGACUGAACGAUCCAAAUCCGUCUCGGACUCUCACAAAGUGAGAAGUCGGACCAAACCAUAUUUGACUACUAAACACCAAAAGAUCCAUCAGCUUUAAUCAAAGUUUCCUUAAAGAUCUCACAUUCUCAUUGUUCACUAGUACCUCUUUACAGUAGUUCAGCAGAGGUUUCCCGGGGUGGGAAGGACAACAGAACCACAUCUGCCCACUGCACGCAUGAGGUCAAGCAAGACCACUGUGCUGAAGGCAGGGGUAUCAUGCAGAUGUCAUAUAGGAGUGACAGGUGAAAUCUAACAGCCUAUAAAUAAAGUUUUUUAAAGUAUAUAUCUUAAUUUAUACCUAAAAUAAACUCUUAGCAGAGUACUGAUGACAUGCGGACAAAAAACUUAGUGCAGUAUGUUUUAGGUUCCUUAUAGAAGCCUUCUUUUAGGCUGAAACUGUAAUCACCAAAGUAAAGCAGGGAAAAUAUCCAGAAGAAACAUUCUUGUCCAAACACAGUGAGGCAAGAGGUUAUGAUCCUACAAAGAAAUUAAAGCUACACUUCUAACUUGACUGGUUUGUUCAAUAGUCAUAAUGAUGUCUAUAACAAAUACUGUACACGUUUGUGAAUAUCCCAUAAAUAUUUCACUGCUUAUUUUGUAGUGACAUUUAAUCCUUUCCACCAUUGUAACGGUUUGAAUCGUCUGUUUUAAGUAUGUCACUGCCACUUGUCUUCCUGUGAUCAUUCUGUUUAUUUUGUUGUUGUUAAUGUGACAGUUUUGUGUAAUGGAAAUGUAACACUCAGGAUUGUAUGUACAACCUUCUGAUCUUAAACAAGUAGUCUACUGUCAGCGCUUGGUAGCAUGAUAAUCAUAGGUACAUAUUUAUCAUUUAAAAAAAAAAGAACUACUAUUUCUAUACCACACUUUACUAUGUCUCAAAAUUAAUGUUAUAGAUUGACCUAUUAUUCCUGAGUGUUAUGUUUCCUGUUUUUGCUUAUGAAUAAAACAAUGUUAAUUAAUGUACAGAUGUUAUAUUCUAAGGUUUUAUUUUUAUAAUUUAUAUAAUAAAGAUAAAUGUACAUUUGUUUUCAACAGAGAUGUUUGUGUGAGCAUGAAAGAAUUGUGGUCUGAUUUUUUUUUUUUUUUU